AUGGACUCGACCGAGAAGCGGAAAUUUGAUGAAGAUGCCCACGGAAGCUCUGCUCCAAAGCAACGGAAAGUGAUCGGCCCUUCCCUUCCUCCGGGUCCAACACCUCCAGAUACAGAGAUUACAGGCGUGCCAACCCCACCAGACGCAGACGCACAUGGUGACACAUCCAGCAACAGCGAUGACGACUUCGGUCCGAGUCUACCCCCCUCCAAUCUACUGGCUGGGUCUACUCAAUGCGCUCCCGGUGUUUCAAGGGCGAUGAAGGCGCCCGAGGUGACCGAGAAAGAGCCAGAGAACCAGCGAGACCAAUGGAUGUUACAACCCCCUUCCCAGUCCGACUGGGCCUCAAAGAUCGACCCAACCCAGCUCAGAAACCGCAAAUUUAAUACAGGGAAAUCGGCCCAUGCGCCUAAGAAGAUGGAUUCUUCGUGGGUUGAGGCCCCAGAGGAAAGAAUGAAACGGUUACAGGACGCAGUGAUGGGAGUUGGUACUUCGACAGAUCAACACCGAGAUCAGCCAUCCAAUGCAAAGGCUAAGGAAGACCAGAUCAAGCGAUACAACGUGAGCCAUUACCAGUCUUGA